AUGAUUGAGCAAGUCUAUUCCAGCAGAACUGAUUUAAAGCAGACACCCCUGGACAAUCCAGAUGAAACCUGGUUUACUGAUGGAAGCAGCCUAGUACCUGAAGGGACUCGAAAAGCUGCAUACGCCAUUGUUAGCCUGACUAGGGUAGUGGAAGCUGAGGCCUUACCAGGGGGAACAUCAGCUCAGAAGGCAGAAUUAAUUGCUCUCACCCGAGCCUGCCAGCUGGCUGAGGUACUGAGAGUGAACAUCUACACUGACUCUAAAUAUGCUUUCUUAGUCUUGCACGCACAUGCUGCGAUCUGGAAGGAACGAGGAUUUUUAACUGCUAAAAAUUGUCCAAUAAAACAUGGGGAAGAAAUUCUAAGACUACUGGAAGCUGUGCAUGCCCCUAAAGAGAUCGCUGUUAUGCACUGCAAAGGACAUCAAAAAGGAGACACUGAGAUUAUUAGAGGAAAUCGCCAUGCAGAUACUGUAGCUAGAAAGACAGCCCUUGAUUCUUGUUCCAUCAUGUGA